AUGUCUAACCUCGCAACCCUCGACGCCUCCCAGCACCCAAACCUCCCGCAGUCGGCGCAAACGCUAUUUACCGCCAAGGCGCAGAAACAGCUCAGCUUCGAGGAGAUCGCGAAGCAGAUCGGACGCAAUGAAGUAGCCACGGCGGCCAUCUUCUACGGGCAGGCCAAGGCGUCGCCCGAAGACAUUGCCAGCCUGUCCACGGUGCUGGACGUGCCGCAGGGCGUGCUUGAGCAGCAGCUGGGCGGGUUUCCUGACCGCGGGCGCUCGGUCGAGAUGCCGCCCAGGGAGCCGUUGAUCUACCGGCUGUACGAGAUUAUACAGAACUAUGGGUACGCGUACAAGGCGGUGCUGAACGAGAAGUUUGGCGACGGCAUCAUGAGCGCCAUUUCGUUCUCGACCAAGGUGGAAAAGGAGACGGAUGCCGAUGGGAACAACUGGGCGGUGAUCACUCUGCGGGGGAAAUGGGUGAGAUGGAAUGGAAUGACAACACUUCCUCACUUCAUCGGAGCUCAACUCACGGGCAAGAUGGCCGCUCCUGCAGCCGCAGAUCCAGCGGCCGCUGCCCUUUUCCACUGCACCUAUGCCGACUGUUCGCUGUCGUUCGACGACGAAGAGGACAGGGCCGCGCACAAAGACAUGGAGCACGACUACUGCCUCCGCUGCAACGUCGACUUUCCCAACUACGAGACCCUGCUGAAGCACAAGAUCGAGAGCGUCAAGCAUGUCGUGUGUCCUAUUUGCGGCGGAGAAUUUAGCACAGUUUCUGGACGAGACCAGCAUGUUUUGCGGAGUCACCCCAUCGACCACGAAAUCAAAUGCCCGUUUGGCCGCUGCGACAAAGAGUUCAAGAAUCCCAGCGGCUAUAUUAGCCAUAUCGAAAAAGGAAAGUGCGUUAGUGGUGUCAACAAGCAAACCAUUCUGGUGCGACGCGACAUGAAGGCUAUGGAGUCAGACAUGGCCUAUCGUGCAAUCCAAGGUACCUUUCACGGCCCCAUCGGCCAGUCAACAGAACAAGAUGCAGACAGCGACGGCGAUGGCGGGGUUUCUGUGGUUCAGGAUGAAACCCACCUAUCGCUCAUCCACCAGCCCCGUGAAGAUGAUGGCAAUAAAGCACAGGCGAUGAAGUUCUGGCCGCCGCUGGGCGCAGACACCAAAGAACUGCCAGCAGACGGGGUGGCCCUGACCAAACGCGCCAUCGAGAAAGCAGCAGUCCAGCCGUCGUUUCGCCCAACUCCCGUCAUUCCGCGCUCGGGUGCGCUGAAGGUUUACAAGACGUUUAUUCCGCGGUUCAGCGAGAACCAGUACCUGAACCAAGCGUCGGGCAAGUUUGAAUGCUGCAAGCAGGAAUUCGCGACUGGAGACCAGCUCGCAACGCAUUUGCUCUCGCACCGGGCACAGCGAUUUAUAUGUCCCAUGUGUAGAAAGAGCAUGCAGUCAGUCACCGCGCUAGUGUCUCAUGCGGAGAACAGCCAGAAAUGCGGCCUAUCUCGGCGCAGCGACGCAUCGGCGAUCAUGGCGAUUAUAACUGGGGGGCUGGUCACAGCGGAUCGGUGGAUUGACGAGGACCACUAUAAUUUGAAGUACGAGGCGGCCACUCACUUUUGA